AUGGAUUUGUCGUGCGGAGAGAAUUUACCGAAUUCAGGAAACAGUAGUAGCAGUGGCAGAACAGAUAUGUGCGUCGCGGGUCCCGACCGGGCUCUGGAUCGCAACCCUCAUCUGCUAACCAACCUUCUGUCCUUGGAGAGAUUUCACGCCUUGCACACGGAUUAUUUUCAACACGUUCAAAUUGAUAUCCAGCCUUUUAUGCGGAAGGUUGUUACGACGUGGAUGUUGGAGGUCUGCGAAGAGCAACAAUGUGAGGAGCAGGUUUUCCCCCUGGCCGUGAGCUACGUGGACAGGUUCUUGGCGCAGGUCGCUAUCUCGCGACAACAGCUGCAGCUCCUCGCGGUUACUGCUCUCCUGGUAGCGUCGAAAUUCCGCCAGUGCCACGCUCUGUCCAUCGACCUGCUCUGCGCUUACACGGACAGCUCGGUUCUACCGCACGAAGUUCGACAAUGGGAAAUGAUGUUGGUGCAGCGACUCAAUUGGCAGCUCUCCAUAGCGACGGCUUUCGACUUUGUAGAGCCAUUGCUGGCCCGUGAACCUUGGGGCCGACUAAACCCCCUAGUUCGAACACAUGCUCUUACACUCACCUCCGUCUGCUAUACAGAAACGGAACUUCUGCUUGUUCCACCAUCGUUGAUUGCCGUCGCCUGCAUUACAGCGGCCGCGCGUGGUCUUCGCGUUCGAAUGUGCGUGAGCGAUCUUUGCCUCCUCACCAGAUCGCCACCAGUUUCCGCGGAGCUCGUCGCACGAUACGUGGAGAAGGUGCUGGCUAGAGAAACACAAGCCCAAGAACCGAGAAUGCGACUGAAUGAAGUCCAACCAGUGAAACAGUCUUCGUCAAAUCAAACUCAACUUCCAGAUACACCCACAGAUGUUCAGGAUGUCCGCUUUUGA